AUGACCUUCUCUGAUGAGUAUGCGCUCUUCUAUGCCAACUGCAACACCCGAUCGCUCGUCACCAUGGACGUCCACACAGAGAUGUACAACAUUGAUGAGGGAGCAACCAAAGACUAUCUAUCAGCCGGGCUAACGCAGCUCCCGUCUCUUUACUUCAUUUUCUCCCUCAUGUAUCUGUGCUUUUUAGGGUUUUGGAUCUCUUUGUGCUUUAAUAAUCAACGAUGUGUUCACCGGGUGCAUUUGUUAAUGGGUGUGUCACUUACUAUGCAAACGCUUAGCUUGUUUUGUGCAGCCGAGGAGAACCAUUAUGUGAAGGUUACUGGUACUCCUCAUGGGUGGAAUGUUUUGUUUUGGAUAUUUCAGUUCAUCAAUAGUGUACUUUUGUUCACUCUGAUCGUCUUGAUUGGGGCCGGAUUGCCUUAUUUGAAACCGGUGUUGCAUGCAAGGGAAAAGAUAGUUUUGAUGAUCGUGAUCACACUGAAGGUUUUGGUUAAUGUAGCUUCGAUAAUGAUGGAUGAAACCAGCCCUUAUAAUAAAGACUGGAUGACUUGGAGAGAAGUGUAUAUGUGGUCGGACACCAUCAGUUAUAGUGUUAUCAUCUUACCCGUUGGGUGGUCGAUUAGGUUGUUGACGGAGCAUUCUAAGAUUGAUGAGAAAUCUCAUAGAAAUUUGACUCUAUAUGUUCGGUUCUUUCACUUGGUUUUCUGUUAUUUUUUUUUCGCAAGAGUUGGUGUUAUUGUACUUAUGGACAUUUACCAAUGGGUGUCUAGGGUAGUAGAGGAAGUAGCCAGUCUUGUGUUGUAUUUGGGGAUGUGUUACUUAUUCAGGCCAGCUGAGAAAAGCGAGCUAGUACAUUGUUCUUAA